AUGGCUCCCAGUCCUAGAGGAUGGCAGAUGAUCGAGAUCGUCUCGGUCCUGGUCAGCCUGUGCCUGAUCUCCGUGGUGCUGCGAGUGGUUGCGCGGCUCCGGAGACAGGUCGGGUUCGGCGUGGAUGACUAUCUCAGCAUGUUAGCCCUGGUGCUGAUUUUCGGGAUGCUGGUUGAACUGGCUCUUUGGUGCUCUAUUGGAGGCAAUGGGGCCCAUUUCGAUACUCUGGAUGGCCAAACCCUAACCAACUACUACAAGAUCUUUCUCGCCAAUCAAUUCACCUACUUUCUCGUGUGCCCUUGCAUCAAAAUCUCCAUCAUCUGCUUCUACCGCCGCGUCUUCACCACGUCCAAGAAAUUCCAACACUUUACCUUCGGCCUCAACUGCCUCAUUGGCGCAUGGGGUCUUGGAAUCUUCCUCGCCUGUGCGGGACAAUGCCGACCCCUGCGCGCAUACUGGGACUCCAACGUCGAAGGCAAUUGCUUCGACAGCACGCUCUUCUUCAUCGUGAACCAAGUCUUCAACGUCGCUAUGGACUUUGUGAUUCUUGCCCUCCCUGUCCCCAUGAUCUGGAACCUGCAUCGCGCGUGGCAGGACAAGCUCGCCCUGAACGGAGUGUUUGCUUUGGGUGCUUUUGUUUGCUUCGCAAGUCUCUACCGCAUCGUCGUCCUCUUCUGGAUCAGCCCCGCCGAUCCCACAUAUACCGUCUACCAAGCCACACUGUGGACGCACAUUGAGCCUACCAUCGGCCUGAUCUGCUCUUGUCUGCCUAUGAUUCGGGGGCUGUUCCCGGCCCUGAAACUGACGGGGUCACGCAAGAGCACGCCCUACUACAUCAAUACCUCCAAGGCCAGCUCUAUGUUCUUGUCGAAGUCGAGCCCUCGCUCCCCAGAUGUCGAGUACAUGAGAAACAUGGAGGCGGGCAUGUACGGAGCUCAGAGCGAGAAGGGCCAGAAUCGGUAUCUGGGCAAUAACUAUCUACUUCCGCUGGAUAUCACGAUCCGCACGGAGAUUACACUCACCCCUGACGAAGAGCCGGUCGAGGAGGAUUCGAACUCAUCGUCGACGACGUUGCACGACUGA